AUGAAAACCGACUUCAAGGUGAAGAAGGUGCAGAUGCCGGCGCAAAAUGCCCUCGAAGAGAAGGGCGAAGAAGUGACGCACCGGAAGUUGGGCUUGGGUGAGUUGCUGGCCCACCUCCAACAUCAUAGCGCCAAAGUGCGACGAGACGCGCUGAAGGGUCUGCUGGAGCUGUGCAGGGAUCACCCUGGCGUCUUGAACGUGAAUUUGUCGCAGAUCUUGGACUCCAUUUCCUUAGCCGCUUCAGAUGGCAGUGCGGAUGUCCGCUCUGCCCAAAGGUCCUUGCAGGUGGGAAAGGACGGCUACCCGGAGCUGCCCUCUCUGGAGGAUAUCAUGAGCCCAGCGGAUCAGACCAUGUCGGGCAUCAGUUCCAGGGCUAAGGAGCUGGAGAUGAAGAUGUUGAAGAUGGAGAAGGAGAACUCCGCCCGACUGGAGAAACAGAAGAAGAUCUUCGACCGGAAGCUGAAGGAACAGGAGGAGAAGAAUCAGCUGGUGGGUAAGGAGAACGCGAAGUUGGCCAAGUCCAUUAUGCACCUGAAGAAGAAGAAUGAGGAAGUCUUUAGCGCUUCACAGCAGCUGAAGAAAGCCAUUGGCGUCCGACGAACAGAGAUGAAGAGUAUCCAGGAGCAACUCCUUGAGGCCAGCAAGUUUUUGACGGAAACCCUCGACAGCACCGAUGAAAGUCAGGCGUCCGAGCUGAAAGUCUUAGAGCAAGAGGAGAAGCAAGAAGCGAAGGAUGCCAAAGAGGCCAAAGAGAAGCAAAAGGUCGACUCCUUCGUGACCCUGGCGGAGCAACGCGCCACGACGGCCAUCUCCGCCGCCGACGGCGUUGCCGACGCCGGAAGCGCCGAGGACGGCCACGGCUCCGCGUUGUCGUUCCUGGAGCUCCGCGAGGAACCGGAGCCCGAGAGCCUGCUGAACGUGCUGGCCGAAGGUGUGAAGGACAUGAAGCAGCAAGGCGAGGCGAGCUCCAAGCAUUUGAAGGGCCUUUUCAUGAGCAGUUUGCAGGAUGGCAUGAAGCGACGCAAGGCCCUGCUAUCGCAACAGCAGGUGUUGCAGAAGACCUUGGAAUCGAUGCAAAGCUACCAGGAGAAGCUGUCGAAGGCGGAAAGCCACUUGAAGGAGACCAAGGUGAAGUUGGACAAGAGUUUGCAUGAUUCCGGGAUUUUCCUCCAGAAGCUCUCGCAACUGACACUCUCCAAACCUGAAGAAAGUGCCUUCAUCUUGGACCAGAUGCCCCCGGCCGCGCUGUCGGCCUUUGGUGCCACCUUGGCGUUACAGGUGCGGGGGGCCAUUUCCCACGUCAGUGGUGAGGUGCGUGAAGAUGGCUUGAAACUGCUGGACCUGUACCUCUCACGCUUGGGCAGCAAGCAGGUCCUCACACAAGGCGAGGCUGGUCGCUUGGUGAGUACCUUGUGCCAGCUGCAUUCCCAUGUGGAGUUAGUGCUGCCCUGUUUGCUACAGUUGCUCUCCACCCAGACCGUGGCCGCCGAUGAGGAUGGCGAGGUGUCGCAGCUGUCUCUGCAGGAUGUCUUGGAGGGGAAGCUGAAGAAAGUGACCAGUGUCUCCAGAGAUUCUGAGGCGGACAACGAAAUUUGGGACUUCUGCCUGAGGGCCUGGAUGCAGGCGGGCGACAUGCCACGUGGCGAUGCCAAGGGGAGCGGUGCCAAAGCGGGAUGGAUGCGACUGAGGGUGGCGGCCGUCUUGGAACAGGCACUGAUUGAGGUGCUGGCAGGGUCAGGUGACAGCCGGCCUUCUGCUUCUCAAGUAGCGACACUCAGCGGAAUCGUCCGUCGCCAAGAGUGGCCCAUCCACGUGGACGCUGGCAGCCCCCUUCGACCCUUGGCGGAUUCCAUCAACUUGCGGAUGGCGCGCAUGUUGGCGCUGUUGGUCACCGGGGCCUCCCAGGAUGCGGCGCCGAAACACCUCCAGCGCUUAGCCCACGCCUCCCUCGCUGUCCUGGACACCGUGCUGCUUCCCGCCGUCGCUGCGGUGGCGACCCACGUGCGGACGCUCAGCGUGGCGGCCGCGGCGGCGGCCGCAGCACAGGCCUUGGAGGUUGUUGCCAAAGGUUCCGACGAAGCAACAGAGGUGAAACCAUUCACCUCCAUCGGCUGCUUGUGCCACGGUCUGCUGGUCCUGGAGCUGCUUUGGAGCCAAACGGAGCAUUUUUCCACUACUGAUCUUCAGCAUUUGGCCGGUGUGACAGCUGCUGUCGCAGCAGGCACAGGUCGAAGUGACGAUGAGUUCCUUCCCACCACUGCCGCAAUACUGGCUGUGCCACUUACGGCCUCAUUGCUAGAUCUCCACAGCGACCCUGUGCCGCCGCUGCUGCAGCGUGCGGUGCCGCGCCGCUGUGCGCGGCAGACGUCGCGCGACACGGCGCGGGUCAUUGAAGAGCUACGACCAGGCGAGGGCAGCGCUGACCAAAGUUGCUGA